AUUUCCUUUCCCAGCAAAACCCAAGAUGACACCUUUCACCGUAGCCCGUUUUGUUUAACCCUCUUUCUCUUUCCCCCUCAAAACCCUAAUUUACCUUCAAUUUCAAGCACCCCCUUUUCAAUUCUUCAUAGAUUUCAUCUUAAUUCAUGCAAUUCACCUCAAAGAGGGUUUGAAUAGAUUGAAGAUGGGUGAUUCAGAUGAUGAUUACCCACAAAAGCACUACCCAUCAUCUUCAUCUUAUCCUAGCUCAAUUAGAUCGAGGCGCCCAAUUCAUAACCCUAAUUUUCAGACUUAUAGGGAUGAUGAUGAUGAUGAGGACUUAGAGGAUGAUAGUAAUAUGUAUCGAGAUGAGGAAAUUAGUCGUAAAGAUCGAAACUUUAUGAAACAAGAAGAGUAUGAUGAGGAUGAAGAUGAUGAGGAUGAGGAUGGGGAAGAUGGGGAUGAGGAUGAUGAUGAUGAGGAGUAUCGGGAAAAUGGGUAUGGUGGGAGGGGGUAUGAGCAGAAUGAUGAAUCAAAGAGACGGCAAAAGAAGAGGAAGUUGGAGAGUUUGGUUUCGAGGUAUGAGUUCGCGCCGAGGACUAGUGGGAGUGUGCAAAAGAUGAGGGAGGCGUCGGCGGAGUGGAGUGAAGAUGAGAGUUUUGUGUUGUUGGAGGUCUGGGGUGAGAGGUUUAUGCAGUUGGGGAGGAGGAGUUUGAGGUCUGAGGAUUGGGUUGAGGUUGCAGAGAAAGUGUCGGAGUUGUGUAAGGUUGAGAGGAGUCAUGUGCAAUGUAGGAAUAGGUUGGAUACGUUGAAGAAGAAGUAUAAGAAGGAGAGAGCGAAAAUGGAGGAAAUGGGUGGGUAUUUUGGACAAUGGGUUUUUUUCAAGAAGAUGGAUAUGUUGCUUAGUGUAUCGAGUAGGCAACAGUUGUCGGGUUUGGCUUGUGGGUUUGAUUCGGGGGAAUAUGUUUUUAUGAAUCCGAAAGUUUAUUUGAGCCAGUCGAAUGCAUUUGAUGAGAUGAGAGAUAGUCCAGCGGAGUCAGAUUCAGACGAGAAUGAGUCGGAUGAGGUGGAACCUCUGAGGAGAGGAGACGAGGAUGGCACGUCAUUUAAGUUGUUGGCGGAUUCGAUUCAGAAGUUUGGAGCAAUCUAUGAGAAGAUUGAAGAUAAAAAGAGACAGCAGAUGAUGGAAUUAGAGAGAAUGAGGAUGGAUUUUCAGCAAGACUUGGAGCUGAAGAAGAAGCAAAUCGUUGAGCGUGCACAGGCGGAGAUUGAAAAAAUUAGAGAAGGGAAUGAUGACGAUACUGACAGCAACACAGACACCGAUGUAUCUGCAGGGAAUGUCAGCGGGUGACUAGGAGCUGUCUGAAGCUGAUGUUGAUAUAUAUCAUCCGGAUAAAUCAGGAUUUGAUGCUAGUAAUGUAUUUGAAUCAGUUUGAAGACAACCAGCGUCAUACUUCUGUUACAAGUACUGCAUUAUUAUCCUUAAUUUGGUGUUGUCACAUGUACUAUUGUUAAGAUUUCUCUCUUGUUGACAAGUUCCAGUUUCUGUACUAUUAAAUAAUCAACAUAAGAUUUUCACAAAUAAUUUUUUUUUCUUUUCAAGAUAAUCUUAUUGUACUAGCAGAAUGUAUAUGUGUCUGAGUUUAAAUUAUCCUUAUUUCAAUGUGCU